AUGAUGCAAAUGCAGCAUCAGGGACAGGUCGCGCCUCCCCAAAAUGUCCAGGCGAGCCACUUUGCCCCGUCGCAUCAAAUCGCUGCCAUGAACGAGGCUGUCUGGCUGCAGAUAGGGAGCUUCUCGGAACUCUUGCGCGUCCCUGACGAGGCCAUGCAUGCCUACGAGCGGGCCCUGCAGGCCAAUCCAAAUUCGACGGCGGCCAUGAAUGCCAUCGGCAUGCUGCUCAAGGGCCGCGAGGCCUUUGACAAGGCGCUCGAAUUCUUCCGUGCCAUCGUCCAACUGGAACAGAAUAAUGGCGAAGCCUGGGGAAAUCUCGGCCACUGCCAUCUCAUGACCGAGAAUCUCCAGAAGGCAUACGAUGCCUACCAGCAAGCCCUGGUCAAUCUCAGAGACCCCAAGGACCCGAUGCUCUGGUACGGCAUUGGCAUUCUCUACGACCGCUACGGCAGCUACGACUAUGCUGAAGAGGCAUUUUCGCAAGUUAUGCAGAUCCAACCCGACUUUGAGAAAGCCAACGAGAUAUAUUUCCGCCUCGGCAUCAUAUACAAACAACAGUCCAAGUUCAACCAGAGUCUUGAGUGCUUCAAGUACAUUGUUAAUUCACCACCGGGGCCCUUGACACAAGAAGACAUUUGGUUUCAGAUUGGACAUGUGCACGAGCAGCAAAAGGACUUCGAGAACGCCAAGGCUGCCUACCAGCGGGUUCUGGAUCACUCACCCAAUCACGCCAAGGUUCUCCAGCAGCUAGGCUGGCUUCACCACCAGCAGAGCAACGCAUAUGAAACCCAGGACCGGGCAAUUCAGUAUCUUGAAAAGUCUGUUAGUGCAGAUAACACCGAUGCUCAGAGUUGGUAUCUGUUGGGUCGUUGUUACAUGUCCCAGCAGAAGUAUCCGAAGGCAUACGAAGCAUACCAACAGGCCGUGUACCGGGACGGCAAGAAUCCGACGUUCUGGUGCUCCAUUGGUGUGCUCUACUACCAGAUUAACCAGUACCGAGACGCCCUUGACGCCUACUCUCGAGCCAUUAGGCUGAAUCCGUACAUUUCGGAGGUUUGGUAUGAUCUCGGGACCCUGUAUGAGUCUUGCAACAACCAGAUUGCCGAUGCGCUCGACGCGUAUCAGAGGGCUGCGGAGCUUGACCCAGGCAACCCUCACAUCAAGGCUCGCCUCCAGCUCCUCCGGUCUGGUGGUAGCAAUGGAGGCCCGCCUCCGGCACCCCAGCCAGCCGACGUACACCCCCAGGCAUACCAAGCCGCCGGCCCUACUGGCCCUGUCGGGCCCCAGUGGGGAGGAUCUGCGCAACAGCCCCCCUCUGGCGGUCCUCCGCCGCCCCCGCCCCCCAAUCCCUAUGAGGGUCGGGAGCCUUUCCGCGGCCCACCUCCGCCUCCGCAACGGCAGCCCAGCCCGCCGCAGGAGCCGCAAAUGCGUCAGCAGCCUUACCCAGACGCUGGCAGGGGCGGACUCUCGCGUCGCGGCAUGUCUCCAGCUCCUGCUGGACACCAAUACUCUCAGGGUCCUCCGCCUCACCCUCCUUCACAAGCUUCCGCGCCCCCGUCGAGCUCCGCCAACGGGGCCAAUCCUCCGCCAAACGGUAUGGCUCCUUAUAGGUCGAAUAACAGCCCACGUGCUGACGGCCGUGUCGCCCACGAUACUCGAAUGCCCUCGCCGAAGUCGGCCUACCCUCAGCACCAAGCGCCGCCACAGGCCUACGCUCAUCACCCGGAGGCGCCACCGCAAGUUGCCCCCGAGGGCGGACCGGCCUCGGCGCCAUCGGGGCCUGAGCGGAUGCGAGAGUGGGAAGAGGAAUCUGCAGCCAAGAAGCAGGCAAACGAGGAGAAUCGAGCACGUCUUGAUGAUCUGAGACACAGAAGACCCUCGACUCCUCCCCGUGACGCGUAUCGCCGCAAUUCGUCCGAGUCUCGUCGCCCUGAUGAGCAGCGUCGCGGCGAAGAAACGAGGAAAGUGGAAGACGUGCGUCCUCCGAAUGACGGCUACCAUCCCUCUGAAGCUGCCCAUCACCCUCAACCUGUCGGACCCAGUCAACUGCCACCUAUGCAACAACCAUCUAGUUCCGCCAUGCAGGGGGUCGUGCAGGAGAAGCCGCACGCGGGGCCGCCCCUUAAGGAAGAGCGGCCGGCAACUGAGCAGGCCAAUCUUCCUCCCCCACCCCCGACUGUUGCAGAGCCUGAGAGAGCGGCCAGGAAGAUGGACGUGGACGAGGAUUACGAUGACAGCGGCGAAGACGACAAGAAGGCGGUUCUUGCCAACGGAUCUGCUGCGGCACCAGGGUCCACGGAUGGGAAAACGUCGACGCCUGCGAAUGCCGGGGUCAAUGGUUCCUCGGGUACUGCCACAAAAGCCGAGUGA